AAACAACAACUAUUCUUUAGUCUAUUGUAUUCCUAGUCGCUGUCGCCACCCAUCACGACUUCUUCCUCAUUUCUUGUAUUUGCCGUCGUCCUCGUCCUCGUCCUCGUCUUCACGCCCUUCUUCUCCUUCUCAUUCUUCUAUAAUGACUUUGACCUCCCUCGAAUUUUCUUCUUUUCCCUCUGCGAUACCCUGUCUUAAAUGUUUUUCUCUAUUCUUGACCAGUUGUUAUCAUAUCUCCGUUAUCAUCCACGCGCACGAUAGAGCCUAUUUCGUAUCCAAAUUUCCAUUGCGUGUUCUGUAGUUUUGGUGAUUUGUACUUCUGGGUUUGUUUGUUUUCCAAGUUCUGUGAGCUGCUGCUGCCGCCUUUUUUUUUUUUUUUGGGUAAAAGAAGUAGUGCUGAUUGUAUAUUCGUUAGUCAGUUGUUCAAUCUCUGCUUCUUCAGUGGCCUGUGGUUUUCGGAUUAUGGGUUCUGUGAGGGUUGCUCUGAUUUCAUCUUCGAAAAAUUCUUAAAUUCCAAGAGCUUCACUUUGUACCUGCUUCCUUCGAUCUAGCUGAAUCAAAGUCAAAGUCUGGCAUGGACUCGAACAAUCAAGCUGGAAACUCCUCACAUUUCGACCCUGCUUUGAAAUCAUCGUCUCGAAGAAGCAUCUCCUCAACUCAUUCUAGGGGAUCCGACAGGAUUUCGGUUCGGGAAGUGACUUUCAAUCAUUCAGGAUCUAAGCGUGUUCGGUAUGGGUCAAAAGGCGCUGAUUCUGAAGGAUUCAGCAUGUCGCAGAAGGAAAUCAGCGACGAGGAUGCGAGAUUGGUUUAUAUAAACGAUCCUGAGAGGACAAACGAGCGGUUUGAAUUCGCAGGAAAUUCUAUUCGUACUGGGAAAUACUCCAUCCUCACCUUUUUGCCCAGGAAUUUAUUCGAGCAAUUCCAUAGAGUUGCAUAUAUUUAUUUUCUUGUAAUAGCAAUUCUUAACCAGCUUCCUCAGCUUGCCGUUUUUGGUAGGGGAGUUUCUGUCAUGCCUUUAGCGUUUGUUCUGCUCGUUACUGCUGUGAAGGAUGCGUUUGAGGAUUGGAGGAGACAUCGAUCAGAUAAAGUCGAGAACAGCAGGUUCGCUUCAGUUUUGGUUGGUGAUCGAUUUGAACAGAAGAAAUGGAAAGAUAUUAGAGUUGGUGAAAUUGUUAAAAUUCAUGCAAAUGAAACCAUCCCUUGUGAUAUUGUGUUGCUAUCAACCAGUGAUCCAACGGGGGUUGCAUAUGUGCAGACUAUAAAUCUAGAUGGAGAAUCAAAUUUGAAGACCCGAUAUGCAAAGCAGGAGACCCUUUCAAAGCUGCCUGAGAAAGAGAGAAUCAAUGGUUUGAUUAAGUGCGAGAAACCCAAUAGGAACAUAUAUGGGUUUCAAGCUAACAUGGAAGUUGAACAAAAUCGUUUGUCACUUGGAUCCUCCAAUAUUGUUCUUCGAGGCUGUGAGCUCAAAAAUACUAAAUGGGCACUUGGUGUUGCUGCAUACUGCGGCAGUGAGACCAAAGUUAUGCUUAACAGCUCAGGAGCUCCGUCGAAGAGGAGCCGGCUGGAGACCCGAAUGAACUUCGAGAUUAUCAUUCUCUCUUUCUUUCUUGUAGCUUUGUGUACAGUCACCUCUGUUUGUGCUGCUGUUUGGUUAAAGCGCCACAAGGAUGAGUUAAAUAUGUUGCCUUAUUAUCGGAAGCUGUACUUUGAAGACGGAGAAGCCAAGAGCUACAAGUAUUAUGGAUGGGGAUUGGAAAUUGUUUUCACAUUCCUCAUGUCUAUUAUAGUGUUCCAGGUCAUGAUCCCCAUAUCCUUGUACAUUUCGAUGGAGCUUGUCCGUGUUGGCCAGGCCUACUUCAUGAUCCGAGACAACAGAAUGUAUGAUGAGGCAUCAGAUUCUAGAUUUCAGUGCAGGGCUUUAAAUAUUAAUGAAGAUUUGGGGCAAAUCAAAUAUGUUUUCUCGGACAAGACUGGCACACUUACUGAGAACAAGAUGGAGUUUCAAUAUGCGAGCAUCUGGGGUGUUGAUUACAGUAAAACAAAUGACAGUCAGGAGAAUGAGCAAGUUGAAUACUCUGUUGAAGUGAAUGGAGCAGUGUUGAGGCCCAAGAUGAAAGUGAAAGUCAAUCCAGAACUUUUGCAGUUAUCAAGAAGUAGACUCGAAAAUAACAAAGGAAAACGAAUUCAUGACUUCUUCCUAGCAUUGGCAGCCUGCAAUACCAUUGUUCCUCUUCAUGUUGACACAUCUGAUCCUAAAGUCAAGUUGAUUGAUUAUCAAGGCGAGUCGCCAGAUGAACAAGCACUGGCAUAUGCAGCUGCUGCCUAUGGUUAUACGCUUAUAGAACGGACCUCAGGCCACAUAGUUAUUGAUAUACAGGGAGUGAAACAAAGGUUCAAUGUCUUGGGCAUUCAUGAAUUUGAUAGUGAUAGGAAGAGAAUGUCAGUCAUAUUGGGGUAUCCUGACAAUUCCGUGAAACUUUUGGUCAAGGGUGCUGAUAUAUCCAUGCUAAGUGUCAUAGACAAGUCAUCAAACAUGGACAUGAUACGUGCAACUGAAAGCCAUCUUCACUCUUACUCUUCUCUGGGGUUGAGGACUCUUGUCAUUGGAAUGAGGGAACUGAAUUCUUCAGAAUUUGAGCAGUGGCACCAUGCCUUUGAGACAGCAAGCUCUGCUCUGAUGGGUCGGGCUAGUUUACUUCGUAAGGUUGCUAGCAAUAUUGAAAACAACCUCUGCAUAUUAGGUGCAUCUGCUAUUGAAGAUAAAUUGCAGAAAGGGGUGCCAGAAUCCAUUGAGUCUCUCAGGACUGCAGGUAUUCAGGUAUGGGUAUUGACUGGGGACAAACAGGAAACUGCUAUUUCAAUUGGCUACUCCUCAAAGCUCCUAACAAGUGACAUGACUCAGAUUAUAAUUAAUAGCAACAAUAAAGAGUCCUGUAGAAGGAGUUUACAAGAUGCCCUUGUCAUGUCCGAAAAACUCAUCACUGCUUCUGGUCUUACCAAUGACACUGAAAGUUCUUACACUCCGAAAAUUCCAUUGGCCUUGAUCAUUGAUGGUACCAGCCUUGUACAUGUUCUUGAUAGUGAACUUGAAGAACAGCUCUUUCAACUAGCAAGAAAAUGUUCGGUGGUUCUCUGUUGUCGAGUGGCUCCAUUGCAAAAGGCUGGGAUUGUUUCCCUUGUGAAGAACAGGACGUCUGACAUGACACUAGCCGUUGGAGAUGGUGCUAAUGACGUCUCAAUGAUCCAAAUGGCUGAUGUUGGAGUUGGCAUCAGUGGACAGGAGGGUCGACAAGCUGUAAUGGCGUCUGAUUUUGCGAUGGGGCAGUUUAGGUUUUUAGUUCCACUAUUAUUGGUGCAUGGACACUGGAAUUACCAACGUCUGGGUUAUAUGAUACUAUACAAUUUUUACAGAAAUGCUGUCCUUGUUCUGGUCCUAUUUUGGUAUGUGCUCUUCACCGCCUUCACUUUGACGACAGCUAUAAACGAAUGGAGCAGUGUUUUAUACUCAAUCAUUUACACUUCAUUGCCAACCAUUGUUGUUGGUAUUCUUGACAAAGACCUUAGUAAAAGGACUCUUAUAAACCAUCCUCAACUUUAUGGGGUCGGACAGAGACACAAGGCAUACAACAAAAAAUUAUUUUGGUUUACAAUGGUUGAUACAUUGUGGCAAAGCAUUGUGAUCUUCUUUGGUGCUUUCUUCGCAUACUGGGGAAGCACUAUUGAUGUAGCAAGCAUCGGAGAUCUUUGGACUCUCGCAGUGGUUAUUGUAGUUAAUAUACACCUGGCCAUGGAUGUUAUCAGGUGGAAUUGGAUUACUCAUGCUUCCAUUUGGGGGUCUAUAGUUGCAACUUUCAUCUGUGUCUUGGUCAUUGAUGCUAUUCCUACAUUGCCUGGUUACUGGGCCAUCUUUCAUGCAUUAGGCACUGGAUCCUUUUGGCUAUGUCUGCUUGGAAUUAUCAUCACGGCGUUGCUCCCUCGUUUCACGGUGAAGUAUGUUCAUCAAUAUUACUUCCCCGAUGAUAUCCAAAUCUCAAGAGAAGCCGAGAAACUUGGAUCUUCAAGGGUGGUUGGAGGUGGAGAUAUAGAAAUGCAUCCCAUUCCAGCUGGUCCACCAAGAUGAUGACAGAUUGAUUUGGAUCUUCUGAAGAUAGAAGUUCAUAGAGUGCUUCUGAUGCAAGAGAGAGAUAAAAGAGGAGGAGGAGGAGAUCAGAUUAGCAUAUUUCCAUUUUUUGUGCUACUCUCUCUCUCUCACCCAUCGGAAAUAUUUUUGCGUCAGAAGAUCUGAAUUUGAUAGUACAUAGAUACACAGAUACCAUAAGAGAAUUUCUUUGGUGUCUUAUAGUUCCUUUUUCUUUUUUCUUGUAAAUUUACACACUCUUGAGGCUACUUUAUAGUUUUUCUCUCAGUUGCCAGAUUUCUUCUGCAGAUACUGUCCAAAGGAUAGUGGUUUUGAUGUUUCACAUUGAUUUAGGAGUUGUUUUGUAUCUUUAUUCUUUUGUAUCCAUAAAUGUAGCCUCUGUUGUAAAUUAUUGCUGAUGAUUUUAAAGGAAGAAUGUCCAUUACUAUUUACAGAUAUACAAUUUUAACAA